CGUCCAAGAUGUCCGCUGCCAUGUGAUAAAGCAUCGACUGAAGGUCGAUAAGAACAUAGGAGAAACAACAUAGGUUUACUCUACAGACAGCUUAUCUUUUGCCAGUGCAUGACAGAGAUAGACCACUAGUUUGAUUGCAUUUUAAAAAGACGGAGAUGAGGUAGCAGGACCAUGUCAGGAGUUUUAAAAACACUCAGUAUGGAAGACCUUGAAGGUCAACAAGGUCAAGGCGAUUCCAUGGUAUCGGGUCGUAGUCUUGGCAACGGACAACAUAGUCGUCCUCAGUCUCCACUUAAAUUUUUUUCCCAAGCCAAAAAAACAAUAAAUGAUAUCUUCAAAGAAAUACUGGAAUAUAUCAAUGAGUCAAGAACAUUCCUCGCUGAGCACAAAGAUGGGUCUGAGGAAAAGAAACAUGUGGAAGAGUUUCAGGGUAUGGUCAGAGGCAUCAUAGAAGUUUUAGCUCGGGAUCACAUGAAAUGCUGCUUCUUUGGAAGGACUUCUAAUGGGAAGAGCUCUGUUAUAAAUGCUAUGUUACGAAAGAAAAUCUUGCCCAGUGGUAUUGGACACACAACCAACUGUUUCCUCCAGGUUGAGGGUUGUGACGGAAUGGAGGGAUGUCUGUACACUGAGGAGUCCGACGAGCCGAAAAGUGUCAACUCUGUGAAGCAGCUGGCCAGUGCUCUGAGUACAGCCAAGCUGAAGGAAAACUCCUUGAUCAGGAUCUUGUGGCCCAAAGAAAAGUGUCGCCUCCUCAAGGAGGAUGUGGUCUUUCUAGACAGCCCCGGCAUUGAUGUGACUCCUGAUCUAGAUGAUUGGAUUGACAAAUUCUGUCUAGAUGCUGACGUUUUUGUGCUCGUGGCGAAUUCUGAGUCAACUCUGAUGAGGACAGAAAAGAAUUUUUUCCAUAAAGUGAGUGACCGUCUUUCCAAGCCGAACAUUUUCAUUCUCCAGAAUCGGUGGGAUGUAUCGGUGCUUGAGGAGGACACUGAUAUUGAGUCAGUGAAGGAACAACACUACCAGCGAAAUGUUGAGUUUCUCUGUGAUGAACUCAAAGUUGCAAACACUCAGGAGGCCAAGAAUAGGAUCUACUUUGUAUCAGCGAAAGAAGCUCUCAUCUCUCGUCUACAUGAGGAUAACCAGACUCCCACCCCAACCGGAUCCUUACAACGGGACUUCACAGACAGAUUGUUUGAGUUCGCCAACUUUGAGAGAAUGUUUGAAGUGUGUAUCUCUAAGUCAGCUGUAAAGACAAAGUUUGAGCAGCAUGCCAAGAAGGGCAAGACAGUGAACAGUAAUCUGAGGGAGGUGAUGGAGAAAACCUACACAGACAGUUUACACCAAAUGGAAGAGUCGAUACGUGUCCGACAGGAAACAGCUGAUGAACUUGAUUACCUGGAGAAACAGCUGACCUUACUGACUGGUGACAUUAAAGACAAAAUCCGCUUCAUGGUGGAUGACGUCGAACGAAAAGUUUCCACAGCAUUGAGUGAGGAAAUUCGGCGCCUAUCCUCUAUUGUAGAUGAGUUUGAACGCCCUUUCCAUCCUGACCAAGUACUCCUCAAUGCCUACAAGAAGGAACUACACUUGUUUGUGGAGGGCACUGUCUGCCAGAACCUGACAGGCCGGUGCUCUACGGCCAUAGAGAAGACUAUAGAAAGGGUCGAGACGCAGCUCACAGAGCGUAUUGCUGUGUUACUUCCGGAGGAAACUAAACAACAGCUGUACAGCCUGGUACCGCGACGUGACUUUGAGAUUGCUUACCGUCUGGACUGUCGUAAUCUGUGUGCUGACUUUCAGGAGGAUAUACAGUUUCGUUUCUCCGUGGGUCUCACUGCUCUAAUGCAGCGGUUCCUGGGUAAAAGGGGAACACACUCUGUUUUGACAGGUCACUCGAAUACGAUACCAAGACCAAUGUCAGAGGGAGGCCCCCAAACACCUAUUGGAGAGUUUUAUCGUCCACUUGCCCCUGAGCAGAACAAUCAAGUGCUCAUCUCCAUGAUUACCACCUUUGCUUCAAUCACGUCGCGUACCACCAUGGGGGCCAUCAUCGUUGGAGGUCUUAUUGCCAAGGCAGCAGGCUGGAAGGUGAUUGUGGUGACUAGCGGCCUGUAUGGCCUGCUUUACAUGUAUGAGCGGCUGACUUGGACAAACAAAGCCAAGGAGCGAGCGUUCAAACGUCAGUAUGUUGACUAUGCAUCCAGUAAACUCAAACUGAUCGUGGAUCUGACCAGUGCCAACUGUAGCCACCAAGUGCAGCAGGAGCUGUCGUCUACUUUUGCACGUCUCUGUAAUCAAGUUGAUCUAUCAAAGAACAAACUUCAGGGAGAAAUUGGUGAUCUUGACAAAAGCCUUGCCCAUCUCAAAGAGAUAUCGGCCAAGGCAAAACUUCUCAGAAACAAGUCUGAUUGGUUAGACAAACAGCUGAAUGGAUUCAUUGAAGAGUUUCUGGUGAAACCAGACGCGUGAUAGGACUGUUAAGUGGUUUACCUAAGUCAGACCAGUAUCGGCUGCACUAGGACAGAGACUGUGGUCAGUUUGUGGCAUCCUAUGAAUGAUACUAUCAAAAUGUUGGUGAUCAUUACUGUUUAACAGAAACCUUUCACAUACAUUAACCAUUGGAGGAAGAUGAUAUCAACACUCAGCAGUUCUGUGUGUUGCGCAUACUCAACUUCACCGUUAUACCAGGGCUGUACCAUUUCAUAUUAGCAUUCAGUUCGAUUUUGAAAACAAUCUACAAGCCCAGCGUAAUUUUGCCAGGUGUUGAGCUUGUAAAAUCGUAUACCUAAGUCUACCAAAGAGAGGAAAGGACUCUUGGAAAAGAUUUUAUCUGACAUGUGUUGAAAACUUGAAUAUACUGUAAGCAUCAAAUAUGAAAUAGACUUUAUUUAUUGAAAUGCUAUUAUAUCCUCUAUGUACAUGUUGGCUAUGAUUAUUGAAAUAGACUAUAUCUGACCUUCAACCUUUCUGUGUACACCAAUGAAUUCUGUUGUGUAAUAUGAUAAAUUCACCAGUCUCAGCCAUCUCUCAUCACCCAUCAUGGAUAGUCUGUUCAUUUUUCAUUUCAAGGAAGUGUUUGUUGACAUGACACAUUUAAUUUUACAACUGAAUCUGCAAAAUGUAACCAGUUUCUGUGAAGUAAUUCUUAACCGCCAUAUAUCAGUUGUAGAAUUAUUCAUCAGAUCAGAUACAAAUGUGACGCAUUGAGUGAAGUUACACAUCAGUAACUCUAGAGUGGAAGUACGCAUCAGUAUCACUAGAGAGGAAGUACGCAUCAGUAACUCUAGAGAGGAAGUACGCAUCGGUAACUCUAGAGAGGAAGUACCCAUCAGUAACUCUAGAGAGGAAUUACGCAUCAGUAACUCUAGACAGGAAGUACGC